AAAAAAAACGGAGAAAGGAGAGAGCCGACAGGGGAGGAGGAGGAGGAGGGAGAAGAACAAACCCAGCGCAGGAGGCAGAGAAGACGGGGACAACCCUGGUCGACGCCGCCGCUGCUGCCACCCCCACCCCUGCUCGGGGAUGUACCUUUCCAUUUGUUGCUUCUUCCUCUGUUGGGCUCCCGCCCUGUCGCUGAAGAACCUGAAUUACUCGGUGCCGGAGGAGCAGGGAGCAGGCACGGUGAUCGGGAACAUCGGCCGCGAUGCGCGCUUGGCGGCGGGCACGGCGGGAGGCGGGGUGCUGCCCGCGGAGCGCGGCGCUCCCGGCGGCAGCUCCGGCCGCGGCCCCAAGUCCACCUUCCGGGUGCUGGAGAACUCAGCCCCACACCUCCUGGACGUGGACGGAGAGAGCGGGCUGCUCUACACCAAGCAGCGCAUCGACCGGGAGGCGCUGUGCCGGCGCAGCGCCAAGUGCCAGCUGUCCCUCGAGGUGUUUGCCAACGACCAGGAGAUCUGCAUGAUCAAAGUGGAGAUCCAGGACCUGAAUGACAACGCACCAGCGUUCCCCUCUGACCAAGUGGACAUGGACAUCUCAGAAAAUGCUGCACCGGGCACCCGCUUCCCCCUCACCAGCGCCCAUGAUCCAGACGCUGGGGACAACGGGCUGCGCACCUACCUGCUCACCCGUGAUGACUACGGCCUCUUCUCCCUUGAUGUGAAGUCUCGUGGUGAUGGCACAAAGUUUCCAGAGCUGGUCAUCCAGAAACCAUUAGACCGUGAGGAGCAGAGUCACCACACCCUGGUGCUGACAGCUCUGGAUGGUGGUGACCCACCACGCUCAGGCACAGUGCAAAUCAAUGUGCGCCUCAUUGACUCCAAUGACAACAGUCCCAUCUUUGAGGCAGCCUCCUACGUGGUAGAGCUGCCAGAAAAUGCACCACUGGGCACUGCUGUCAUCGAUCUUAAUGCCACUGAUGCCGAUGAGGGUACCAAUGGAGAGGUGCUCUACUCCUUCAGUGGCUAUGCACCUGAGCGUGUCCGUGACCUGUUUAGCAUUGAUCCUCAGAGUGGCCUCAUCCGUGUCAAGGGCAACUUGGACUAUGAGGAGAGUGGCCUCAUUGAGAUUGAUGUCCAGGCUCGAGACCUGGGCCCUAAUCCUAUUCCUGCUCACUGCAAGGUCACCGUCCGCCUCAUCGACCGCAAUGACAAUGCGCCCACCAUUGGUUUUGUCUCCGUUCGCCAGGGAGCACUGAGUGAGGCUGCCCCACCAGGCACUGUCAUUGCCCUGGUGCGGGUCACUGACCGUGACUCAGGCAAGAAUGGGCAGCUCCAGUGCCGGGUGCUGGGUGGUGGUGGUGGGCCCGGAGCAGUCCCUUUCACCCUGGAAGAGAACUAUGACAACUUCUACACUGUAGUCACUGACCGGCCCCUGGACCGCGAGGCACAGGAUGAGUACAAUGUGACCAUUGUGGCACGUGAUGGGGGCAAUCCCCCACUCAACUCCACCAAAUCGUUUUCCGUCCGUAUUCUUGAUGAAAAUGACAAUCCACCCCGCUUCAGCAAGAACCUUUAUGUGUUACAGGUGCCCGAGAACAACAUCCCUGGAGAGUACCUAGGCUCCGUCUUGGCCCAGGACCCUGACCUGGGCCAAAAUGGGACAGUCUCCUACUCCAUUUUGCCCAGCCAUGUGGGUGAUGUCUCCAUCUACACCUAUGUCUCCGUCAACCCCACCAAUGGUGCUAUCUAUGCCCUGAGGAGCUUCAACUAUGAGCAGACAAAGCACUUUGAGUUUCGUGUUCUGGCCAAAGACUCGGGUUCGCCCCACCGUGAAAGCAAUGCCACGGUGCGCGUCACUGUGCUCGAUGUCAAUGACAAUGCACCCCUCAUCGUCCUGCCCGCUCUCAUCAAUGACACUGCGGAGCUGCAGGUGCCACGCAAUGCUGGGGUGGGCUACCCUGUGGGCACUGUACGUGCCCUGGACAGUGACUUUGGGGAGAGUGGUCGCCUCACAUAUGAAAUUGUGGAAGGCAACGAGGAGCACCUCUUUGAGAUGGACCCCACUAGUGGUGAGAUACGCACCUUACACCCCUAUUGGGAGGAGCUCAGCCCUGUGGCUGAACUGGUAGUAAAAGUCAGUGACCACGGCAAGCCCAGCCUCUCAGCAGUGGCCAAGCUCAUUGUCAGGGCCUUGGCGGGGCCCCUCCCUGAGGCUGGGGAGCCACAGGUGAAUGGCGAGCAGCAUCGGCGACCACACUGGGACUUGUCGCUGCCCCUGAUCGUGACACUGAGUACUGUCUCCAUCAUCUUGCUGGCUGCCAUGAUCACUAUUGCAGUGAAGUGCAAGCGAGAGAACAAGGAGAUCCGCACCUAUAAUUGUCGCAUUGCCGAGUAUAGCCACCCUCAGCUGGGAGGAGGGGGAGGCAAUGGCGGGGGAGGAGGAGGCAGUGGCAGUGGAGGGAGCAAGGGCAAGAAGAAGAAGAUCAGCAAGAAUGACAUUAUGCUGGUGCCCAGUGAGGGUGAGGACAGCCGGGGCCCCCUCAAUGUCAUGAACGUGGUGAGCAGCCCAUCCCUGGCCACCUCACCCAUGUACUUUGACUACCAGACCCGCCUGCCCCUCAGCUCUCCCAGGUCAGAGGUGAUGUACCUGAAGCCCGCCUCCAACAACCUGACUGUACCCCAGGGACAUGUGGGUUGCCACACCAGCUUCACAGGGCAAGGGACUAACGCCACCGAGGCUCCCCCGAGCCGGAUGUCCAUAAUUCAGACAGACAAUUUUCCCGCAGAGCCCAAUUACAUGGGCAGCAGGCAGCAGUUUGUUCAAAGUAGCUCCACGUUCAAGGAUCCAGAAAGAGCCAGCUUGAGGGACAGCGGGCAUGGGGACAGUGAUCAGGCUGACAGUGACCAAGACACUAACAAAGGCUCCUGCUGUGACAUGUCUGUUAGGGAGGCACUCAAGAUGAAAACUACUUCAACUAAAAGCCAGCCACUUGAACAAGAACAGCAAGGCAGAGGCCAAAGACCCAUUGUUGGGAUCUGUGGACCAGCCCGCUGUGAGGAUGGAAAAUUUGCAGAGCAAGAAGAAUGUGUUAACUGCACAGAUGAAUGCAGAGUGCUUGGUCAUUCUGACAGGUGUUGGAUGCCACAGUUCCCUGCAGCCAGUCAGGCUGAGAAUGCAGAUUAUCGCACAAAUCUCUUUGUACCCACAGUUGAAGCUAAUGUUGAGACUGAGACAUAUGAAACUGUGAAUCCCACUGGGAAAAAGACUUUUUGUACAUUUGGGAAAGACAAGAGAGAGCACACUAUUCUCAUUGCCAAUGUUAAACCUUACUUAAAAGCCAAACGUGCCCUGAGUCCUCUGCUUCAGGAGGUUCCCUCAGCAUCGAGCAGCCCAACCAAGACAUGCAUUGAGCCUUGCACCUCAACAAAAGGACCGUUGGAUGGUUGUGAAGUGAAAUCAGGAGCCUUGGCUGAACCAAACAGCCAGUACUUGUCAACUGACAGUCAGUAUCUAUCGCCUAGUAAACAGUCAAAAGACGCUCCCUUCAUUGCAUCAGAUCAGAUGGCUAGGGCCUUUGCAGAUGUGCAUUCCCGAGUGAGCCGAGACUCAAGUGAGAUGGACUCUGUUCUGGAGCAGUUAGACCGUUCAGCCCGGGAUCUAGGCAGGGAGUCGGUGGAUGCGGAGGAAGUUGUGAGAGAAAUAGACAAGCUCUUGCAGGACUGUCGGGGAAGUGACCCUGUGGCCGUCAGAAAGUGAGGGGGAAAAUAAGGACAGGCUGGCAGUUACAUUCCUCUUCUGCUGAUUAAAAGUAAAUAAAUAAAUCAAUCCCCUGGUUGUAACAGUUUUACAGGAAUGAAGGAAGACCAAUGCUGCUUUAAGGCUUUUAGUGAACAUCUGAAGUGCCCACAAGUAUGUUCUUUUCACUGCUCUUUCUUUUUGACAGAUAACACUGGUUUCUUUUUGACCUAACUUUCAUUAGGACAGAGUCAAGUACACUAAGAACAAAACAAAAGAAGGAAAGACGGUGCCAUUUUGACAAUCUGACAGGAAGGUGUGAGAAAGAUGGAGUGGAAAUACACCUGAUACUUUAAGACUGUCCUCAAUAGCUGAUGCUAACUUUACUGUUUACGUAUAAACCCCAAGAAAAACAGGGUUGAAUAAUUCUGAUCUGUGGCGGAUUUCCAGCAGUCACCACAGGCAUCUACUGAAAAGUCCUAAAAAGAGUUCUUGUAGUAGUCCAAGUGACACCAAACAUUGACAUUCAUUUGUGGUAAACAUUUAUGUACAAAGUUACCUGCCACAAAUAGGAGA